UGUCGAAAGUUUCCGCUUCGUCCUAGUGUUUGAUUGCAUUUUUAAUUGAAUUAAUAUGUCCCUAACGAUAAAAUUGCCAAGUGAACCUUUAACUUUAUAAAAAUCCACAUGUCAACGGCCAUUGAGCAAGGUCAAUUUAUGUAGGAAGGAAACAAGGACUUGACUAGACAGAGCGAUCGAGACAGAUAACGACCAGUUAGGAGUCCAAUAACCAAAAUUCGAACACAAUCUAAAUGGAACCAUAAGAAACCGGUUUGUCUAGCCGUGUUUAGGUUUCGCAGACAAGAAACCCAAGCAAGACAAAAUGCUGGACUGGCAAAAACUUCAAAAAGUCGGGAUUCCCACCCGGUACGCCGUUGCCACUGUGGCCUUUCUCAACUUUAUAUACGUCUAUAUGCUCAGGCUGAAUGUCAACAUUGUUAUCGUGGCUAUGGUCAACUACACGGCUAUUCCGCACACAAACAUAACAACCGCAGACGAGUGCGGCUAUGACGUAGUAGUCGAAAACAACACAGAAACCAGUCCGGAUGUUUCGGAAGGUGAAUUUGAAUGGGAUGAGCGACUCCAGUCGCUUGUUUCCGGCUCUUUCUUUUGGGGCUACAUCAUCACGCAGUUGACGGGCGGGAGGCUGGCAGAAAGAAUCGGGACGAAAUACUUGUUUGCCUCGUUGCAAAUCACGGUUGGCAUUGUGACAGUUUGCUUGCCAUUUCUAGCAAGUUUUGGAGUCGAAUUCUUCAUAAUGGGAAGAGUCAUGCUUGGUCUAGCACAGGGAGCUUUGGUUCCAUCUAUGCAACCCUUGGUGGCUAGGUGGGCACCAGAAUCAGAACGAAACAGUUUUGCAACUUUCAUCUUCUCAGGCAGCCAGAUGGGAACCAUCCUUGGAACAGUUUUCAGUGGAAUGAUGGCAGAUUCUUUGGGCUGGGAGGCUGUGUUCUACAUUGAAGGAUCACUAUCUGUAAUUGUUGUCAGUGCUUGGCUUUUCUUCAUUUACGAUUCACCAGCACUACAUCCCAGGAUAUCUAGACAAGAACGGGAAUACAUUGAAUCAACAACAAUUUCAGCGAAAAAUGCUAGAAAGUUACGCGUGCCAUGGAUGGCCAUUAUUAAGUCUCCACCUUGCUGGGCUUUACUCUCUGCCACACUGGGAUACAACUGGGCAUUCUACAUGUUGCUGACUGAGCUACCAAUUUACAUGAGGAACAUUAUGCACUUUGACUUGAAAAGCAAUUCAAUGCUGUCUGCUUUACCUUGGCUACUCAUGUGGAUCUUCAGUAUAGUCGUGGCAAAAAUCGCUGACAUGGUGGUAAAACGACAGUGGGUUUCCAUCAACACAACUCGGAAAACAUUUAACACGAUAGCAUUUUGCGGGCCAGCACUUUGUUUGACGAUCGUUUCGUUCAUCGGAUGCGAUCGUUACUGGACGCUGGUCAUGUUGACUUUGGCAGUGGGUCUGUUGGGCGCCUCUUAUAGCGGUAUCCUGAUUAACCACCUGGAUCUAGCGCCCAAUUUCGCCGGAACGCUGUACGGUCUAGUGGCGGGAGUGGCCUGCAUCAGCAGUUGGGUAGCACCACUUGUCGUCGCCACACUAACCGAAGCAGAACAAACUUUGGCUCGUUGGCGAAUCGCUUUUCUGCUAUGCGCCGGCAUCUUGACCGCCAACGCCAUCAUUUUCAUCGUGCUGGGCUCCACCGAGCGGCAAGACUGGGACAGGGCAGUGGGAGAAGAGGAAACGGUCGUCGGCGAGGCUCCAUCCAGUAAACACCAGCUGCUGAAAUCUGUAACAUUAUCGACAGCUUAA